AUGAGUAAUGAACAGACGAGUCAUCAUGGACUUACUAUUUGGACAACAGCUGUUUUUAUAAUAGGAGAAAUAGCAGGAGGUGGUGUUCUUGCUCUUCCUAAAGCUGUAGAAGAUACAGGUUGGAUUGGAAUCCCACUUCUUGUAGUAUUUACUUUAACCUCAUCAUACACGGGAACAAUUAUUGCGAAAAGCUGGAUAAUAAUUCAAGACAGGUUCCCUGAAUACCGGAAUCAUGUUCCUGACCCUUAUCCUGUAAUAGGAGAAAAAGCUUAUGGAAAACAUGGACGACAUUUGGUGACAUUUUCCAUUAACUUCACCCUGUUUGGUGCAUCUACUGUUUAUUUGAUAUUAGCAUCCGAGAAUAUCGAAGAUCUUAUGUCCGAUGUUACUAAAGAUAUCUCGUUCUGUUAUUGGUUGUUGAUACUUGGCGCUAUACUUACACCAAUUACAUGUCUUGGUACUCCUGCAGACUUUUGGCCUAUUGGUGUUGGUGCGACAUUGUCAACAGGAAUAGCAUGUAUCUUGAUUCUGAUCCAAGUUUUACACGAUAACAAAUCUGCACCACCAGUAACACAUUCGUCAACUGAUUUUAUGAAGUUUUCUGCAGCUUUUGGGACCUUGGUGUUUUCGGUUAGUGGUCAUCCCGCUUUCCCGACAUUUAUAGCUGACAUGAAGAAAAAGACAGAUUUUAAAUGGGCAAUAUUGUUAGGAUAUGUUAUUGUCAUGUUGAUGUAUCUCCCGACCACAACUUCCGGUUACUUCGUCUAUGGACAAAAGCUGAAUCCAAACAUUGUAAAGAACAUGACCUCAGGACCUAUUACAUACAUCAUAGAUAUUUUAAUGACUCUACAUUUAAUAUUUGGAUACCUAAUACUCAUCAACCCUGUCUGUCAGGGACUAGAGGCUAUGGUAGGUGUUCCUAAAGCUUUUACAUGGAAACGCUGUAUUGCGAGAUCAGCAAUUGUAAUGGUUGUUAUAUUUGUUGCUGAAAGUGUUCCUCACUUUGGUGCAAUUUUAUCUUUGAUUGGAGGUUCGACAACAACACUUUUAUCAUAUAUCCUUCCGUGUGUGUUCUAUCUCAAGUUAGCUAAAGGAUCAAACAAUCAAACUAGUCACAAAAAAUACGGAAUUUCUUAUCAAAAUGCUGAAUCAACAGACGAAAGCGAUCUCUCUGAGCAAAAUCAUACAGAAAGACCGAAAAAGACUCCAUUAAUAAAAGAUCUGAAUACCACAAAACAUGACAUAAAAGACGUCAAUGGUUCUCCUCAACAUUCAUAUGAGGAACAAGACAGAGAACUUAUUGAGGAAAUAGUUAUUCCCCUUUGGGAGAAAGUAUUGAAUUAUGAGAUUAUAUUUGUUGGUACUCUUGCUGGAAUAGCAGCUACUGCUGCAGCCAUUAAAACUUUAGUGAGUCCAGAUACAUUCUCCGUACCAUGUUAUAUUAACCCUGGUAGAAUUUGAGAAUAAACUUCUAAACACUUAAUAAAUGUAAUAUUUUUAUGCCCGACCUAGGGGCACUAUGUUUUUCGGUGUGUGCUUCCGUUCGUUCGUUCUUCCGUCCAUUUGUCCCGCUUUCAUGUCCAAGUUUUUGGUCAAGGUAAUUUUUGGUGAAGUUGAAGUCCAAUCAACUUGAAACUUAGUACACAUGUUGCCUAUGCUACAUGUAGUUAUGAUCUUUUUAAUUUUAAUGCCAAAUGAGAGUUUACUAUACAUCGAAAAUGACAGUUCUCGCUUUAGGUUAAGGUUUUUUGUCACUUCCGGUUAAAGUUUUUGGUCGAGGUAGUUGAUAUUCUGCCGGUAAGGUGUAGUUGUGGUUCAUACUGCAUCUUUUGGAACAAGAAUCGUCAAUUUCCUAUGGCUCAUAGGUCAUGUAUGUAACCGUGUAUCUGUACUCGGGACGAAAUAAUCCGUUCUGUAGUUUAAUUUCAUUAUCUUGGACAUGAAGUAAAUGAUUCAUUGGUUAAACACGAAAAUUCAUAGACACUUCCCUGUGGUCUCUUUCACUCACAGGAAAUUCAAUUGAUCGUCCCCUGAACGCAGCCACAUAUAUGU